AUGCCUCGCACAAAACCAGCACCAUCCUACGUGUUGGGCGUCGGAAUGACCAAGUUCAUGAAGCCACGGGGCAAGGUCGAUUACCCAGAGCUUGGUUUUGAGGCUGGAAUCAAGGCCAUGCUGGACGCACACAUCAACUAUGACGACGUCGACCAGGGAGUUGCUUGUUAUGUAUAUGGCGACUCUACUUGCGGACAACGUGUGUUCUAUCAGUUCGGCAUGACACAAAUUCCCAUUUACAAUGUCAACAGCUAUUGCUCGACUGGCAGCUCUGGCCUUACCCUAGCUCGACAGGCAAUCUCAUCUGGUUCUGCGGACUGUGUGCUUGUAAUUGGAUUCGAGAAGAUGUUUCCAGGAAGCAUAAAUUCCCAGUUUCAGGAUCGCGAAGAUCCAUUACAUUUGAGCUACUCAUUGAUGGAACAAACCCGCGGAAGAACAAAAGCACCCAGUACGGCACAGAUAUUUGGCAACGCAGGUCGAGAGUACAUGGAGAAAUAUGGUGCUCGAGCAGAGGAUUUUGGCGAGAUCGCUCGAGUCAACCGUAAGCACGCCAAAGCCAACCCAUACUCGCAGUUCCGGGAAGAAUGCAGCCUAGAACAGAUCAUGGGAUCGGGAAACAUCCAUGAACCGUUGACAAAACUACAAUGUUGCCCUACCUCGGAUGGCGCGGCAGCAGCAGUGAUUGUUUCACAGGCAUUUCUGGACGAACACCCUCACCUAAAGUCCCAGGCCGUUCUCAUUGCAGGUCAAAAACUUGCAACAGAUCCACCUGGGCUGUUCAGCAAAUCUGCCAUGGAUCUUGUAGGCUACCACAUGUCGGCGUAUGCUGCAGAAAAGGCUUUGGAAGAAGCAGGCAUCACUGCCAACGACGUGAGCGCUAUUGAGCUCCACGACUGCUUCAGCACCAAUGAAAUGGUUGUGAUCGACGCCAUAGGUCUAUGCCCAAAGGGAAAGGCACAUGAAUUGGUCAGGAAUGGCGAUAUUACAUACGGUGGCAAGUACGUUGUUAAUCCUUCUGGCGGGUUAAUCUCAAAGGGUCACCCCCUGGGUGCUACCGGUCUUGCCCAGUGUACUGAAUUGGUCUGGCAGCUUCGAGGCUGGGCGAAUACUCGCCUAGUACCAGAGGCAAAGUACUGCUUGCAACACAACAUUGGCUUAGGAGGUGCGGCUGUAGUCACAGUGUAUCAGCGCGCCGAUGGAAAAAAGAACUCUGCCAUCUCCGAUGCAGAAGUAAUGAAGGUGACUGGACUUGGGUAUAAUCCCGCCACCGCCGCAAAAGGAUUCACCAGGGACCAAGUCCAGAGAGUUGUAAGCCAGAAGUUUCAAUCACAGUGGGCUCAACAGGACGUGGAAAACAAAGUUCAAGCCAGAUUUUGA